AUGGAUACUAAUUACAGAGCAAAUAUCAGCAAGUGGCUGCCGCUUCCUGGUGGCGACCUGGUGAAAUGGUUCGUCGAGUCCUCGACGCUUAACGAGAGAAUGGGCAACCUCGUGGAACGCAUAGCCUUAAUCAUCCAGAACAUUACAGACGCACAGGCUUGUGAUCUGGAGGCGUACCAAGGUGUAGCGAACGAUUUGGAGGAAGUGACGAAAGAGCACAAAUCGGUAUGCACGGUUACCCUCAGUGCGCAUCCGAUAUACAAGUACAAAAUGCGCCAUUUUCUGACGGCGUUGAAACGGAAGCUGAACGUGCUCGCCAAGUUUACGCGCAAUCUGAUCACCGAGAUUGUCGACUGCAAGAACGAGGAGCUGAUCAGGAUCAUCUUCAGAUUGGUGAAUAAUUAUAACGAUAUUUUGGACAUGGACAUCGACGUCUCGGAUUCAUCAACGAACGUGUUUCACAACGACAGCCCGUACAUGUUGGAACCGCUGAAGAAGAUGUCUGUUACACGGAUAUUGCAGAUACUGGCGAAAAACCGGGCGGAAGAGUCCUGUCACGAGCUUAUCGAUUGUCUUCUGGCGAAUUACGAGCCACGCGAGAGAGUCGAUCCAGCGUCAGAUGAGGCUGGCGACGGCGAGGCUUCGGAAAAUUCCAGCGUCGAGAUUUACCGAGCCCUCACGAGACACUUAACGCCGCCAGUCGAGAGCGCCUCGUCGAGGGCCGAGAUGGAGAUGUCGAACGUCGAAAGCAUCCAGACUCUGGUCAACACUCAGAACGAGCAAGUCCUCAGGCUGCUGAGCGUCGUCCAGGACGUUUCGCCGCGACUCUUUGGCAACGAUGCGCUGAGGACCGUUAAAGGUGAAACGAAAUUGAGAAGCAGCGCGAUAAAGAAGGUGAAGAUUUACUACCAAGAGGUCGUCUGGGGCUCGUUAUCCGGCAUUUUGGAUCACGUGAUCCUUUGGUGGUCCCCGGAAGCGCUCGCCACUCAUCACAGUCACGGGGCUCAGCAUCUCAAGGACUGGCUAAGUCAGUUCGUUCAGAAGAAUCGCGUGCCACCGACCGUGAGACCGGCUCUGCAAAAUCUCUGCGACGCUCUCGGCUAUCAUGCUACGAUCACUGCCUGGGACCAGCUCUUCAGACUUGCUUAUACGUCGGCGUUCCAGUGCCAGUCGAGAGCCUUGUCCACGGAGGGUAGCGACACUGGUCAGAAAUUCACCGAGUUGUUCCAGCUGCUCGUUAGGCUGAGCAACGAGUGCGAGGCAGGGGGCGAAUGGGUGAUCGGUGCACCGUUGAUGGAGUUGCCGCUGUCGGAACAAAUUGUAGUUCUCCAUCGAUUGGAUCACUCGGUGCACACGGUGAGGCUGUGGAUCUUGCAGGAGGCUAAAAUCAUAGCCCACACGUGGGAGUUGGACGUGUUCUUCCUCCUGGUCAAGGGCGACAUCGCCAACUGUCUCGAGGAGCUCUCCUAUUUAAAGCUGGCCGAUCACACGAAUACAUUGUCAACGGACUCCGUCAGCGUUCAAGUGUACGUCUGCGCGAAAAUGAGGGCGAAAAUUGUGUCCGAAGUAAACGCUAACGUAGAUUUACUGCAGAAGUGUUCCAAGGAGUGCAUAGAGAUUCUCGCGAAAAUCUGUCGCGUGGUCAGUCUGGCGAAUCUUCAUAUGUGUUUUCCAAAGUCGAGUUACUGGAGAAAGGGAAGCGACGUCGCCCCGACUGCCGCUAGCCUCUACGUGGAAAUUUAUUUUGAAAAGGUGCUGCUCCCGGUGCUGGAAGUCAUCGAGGAUCACGAGACGUCGAACAUGAUCCUCAGAAUUAUGUGCGAAGCGUGGCUCGACUACAUAUAUCUGCAUCGAUUUAAAUUCAGCGAGUACGGCGCGCUACAGUUGCUCACGGACUUCGCGUACGUGUCGAAGUGGGUCACGAGUUGCCCGAUAAUUUCGCAGGAAGUGCGGGACCAUCUUCUGAAAAACGAAGUUCUGCGACGCUGCGAGGGCGUGGGACGGUUGCUGCUGCGACAUCCUGGCGAAGCAAUCUCUAUGCGCAAACGAUUGACCAGGAGGACGAACGAGCGCGGCUCGCCAGAAUCGCCAGGGUUGGAGCGCAUGCCAGCGGAGAUGUACGUCCCGAAUCAGGAACAGUGGCUGGAGCUUCGAGCCCCCAGAAGAUACAUCUUCUGCUGUACGGAGUGAAGAAACUGGGAUGAGAACGUAGAAAGAAAUAUUUACUACCGAACGAGGCUAGAAUAGUUGUUGGACGUCUCUUUGGUUUACGCUGCCAUUGAAAUUCGACACCUUUUAAGCGAGUCGCAU